CUCUCAGACAUGCUACAUUGUUUUAUCUGCAAACUGGAACCCAGCAACCUGUUUUGGGUCUUGAUUGGUUGCCAGUUUGCUGCUGCUUGGAUUCGCCACAGAUCGAGAUCAGUUCUAGGAGAUGGCCAUGGAGGAGCCUCCCCAGCUGUUCCUGUGUCCCAUCUCCAUGGAGCUGAUGGAGGACCCCGUCACGGUGUCCACCGGCGUCACCUACGACCGCCGCAGCAUCGAGCGGUGGUUCUUCAAGUACGGCAAGACGACGUGCCCGGCCACCAUGCAGCGGCUCUCUUCCUUCGACCUCACGCCUAACCACACUCUCAAGAGCGUCAUCUCCUCCUGGCUCGAGCGCGCCUCCUCAUCGUCGUCGUCGAGCACGCCGCUGUGUAAGAAGCUGGGGCGGGAGAGGCUGCCGUCAGUGCUCGCUGGCAUUGAGGACACGCCGUUCAAGGUGACCGCGCUCAAGAACCUCAAGUCCUGCAUGGAGGGAGACGUGGCGGCGCAGGAGGACUUCGUCGCCUGCGGCGGCAUUCAGGUGCUCGGCCGCGUCAUGACGCAGGCGCUGGCGGAGAGCAGCGCCGGCGGUGACUUCUCGGCGUUCCGGACGUGCGAGGAGGCCGGUUCCGUCCUCGCCGCGCUCCCGCUCUCCGACGGCACGUCGGUGGAGCUCGUGCUCAAGCCGGAGUGCAUGAGGCCCGUGGUCGCGCUGGUGCAGCGCGGCAGCGCCGAGGCGAGGCUGCACGCGAUGUCCAUCAUCGCCAAGAUCUCCAGGGCCAGUGGCCCCGGCUGCGACUGGACCGCCGGCGUCGACGUCGACGUCGACGACCUGGUCAAGUCCCUCCUCGAGGUCCUGUCCGACGGCACCUCGCCGAAGCUGAGCUCGCGCGCGCUCGACGUGCUACUCGACGUCACGGCGCGCGCCCGCGGCACGCGGCGCGCCAAGGCCGUGCAGGUGGGCGCCGUCUGCGUGCUCGUGGACCUCCUCCCCGACGCCGACCGCCGCGUCGCCGAGCGCGCGCUCCUCCUCCUGAAGCGCCUGUGCAAGUGCCCCGAGGGCCGGCUCGCCUUCGCGGAGCACGCGCUGGCGGUGUCCGCCGUGGCGCGGACGAUGCUGCGCGUGUCGGGCCUCGCCAGCAGGCUGGCCGUGAGCGUGCUGUGGCUGGUGGCGUGCGCGGUGGCGCCAGCGGAGGGGGUGCUGGACGACAUGCUGAUGAGCGGCGGCGUGGCGAAGCUGCUGGCGCUGAUGCAGGUAGAGAGCUCGGCGUCGACCAAGGACAAGGCGGCGAGGCUGCUGAGGGUGCACGGCGCGUUCUGGAGGCAGUACCCAUGCUUCCCCACCGACCUCAGGGACUACCUGAAAUUUCUCAAUUGAUUGUUCCUUGCAAAAAGUGUAGAGAGAUUCUGAAUGCGUUGAGCAUGAGUUUGUGAAUUAUCUGUACAGUUCAAAUGCUAGAUUGCUUGGAUUUUGAUCCACCCAUGAUCUAUAGUUUUGGAUGCAGCUGUAUGUAUUAGCAGUGACAUCGUUUCGUUUUCAAGAAUUUGAGGCGUGCAUUUCGUUUAA